AAGACGUGUCCGGUAGCCAGGUAGCGGCAGUUCGCUCUCAGAACCCGGAGCUGCGACCCCAUUAGCAUUCCUACCCAUCAGGCCUCGCGGCGGGAGACGUCUCGCUCAUGGCUUAUCACUCGGGGUACGGGGCCCAAGGGUCCAAGCACCGGGUCAGGGCAGCCCCAGACCCGCCUCCACUCUUUGAUGACACGAGUGGUGGGUAUCCCACUCAGCCCAGUGCUUACCCGCCACAGGGCUCAGAUGUGGCCUUCAGCGUCAACAAUCUGCUUGGGGAUCCCAUGGCCAACGUCGCCAUGGCCUACGGCAGCUCCAUCGCCUCCCAGGGCAAAGACAUGGUGCACAAGGAGCUUCACAGAUUCGUGUCCAUGAAUAAGCUCAAACACUUCUUUGCAGUGGAUACCUCCUACGUGGCCAGGAAGCUGGGCUUGCUCAUCUUCCCUUACACACACCAGAACUGGGAGAUUCAGUACAGCCAGGAUGUGCCCCUGCCCCCUCGGCAGGACCUCAAUGCCCCCGACCUCUACAUCCCCACAAUGGCAUUUAUCACCUACAUCCUCCUGGCCGGGAUGGCACUGGGGAUUCAAAAAAGGUUUUCCCCUGAGGUGCUCGGCCUGUGUGCCAGCACAGCCCUGGUGUGGGUCGUCAUUGAGGUUCUAGCCCUGCUUCUUGGCCUCUACCUGGCCACAGUCCGAAGCGACCUGAGCACCUUCCAUCUGCUUGCCUACAGUGGCUAUAAAUAUGUGGGUAUGAUCCUGAGCGUGCUCACAGGGUUGCUCUUCGGCAGUGAUGGAUACUACGUGGCCCUGGCCUGGACCUCAACUGCCCUUGUGUAUUUCAUUGUGCGCUCCUUGCGGAUGACCUCUGUGGGCACUGAUGGGGUGGGGGGUCCUGCCCCCCGUCAGCGCCUACAGCUCUACCUGACCCUGGCUGCGGCUGCCUUCCAGCCAAUGAUUAUCUACUGGCUGACCUUUCACCUGGUCCGGUGACCCAGACAGGGUCCUCCCCAAGGAAGACUUCAAUGGAGCCGACAAUGAUGAUUUUCUUUCCUGUACAUUGAAGAUUUUAAUUGCCUCAGCCACAUCUCUCCCUCAUUCCUAGGGAGCUCACCCUGGACAGGACCUUAAGAGGGUCUGAGGAGGUGGGCAGGAACGGCCAGCAGGGAUGGGCCAGAGGGAGUGAGGCCUGGCCCCACCAGCUGCCUCAGCCCCACACGCCGGGGUCAGUGCUCCGAGACGGCUCAGAUGACACUUGGCCAGGCUCAGUAGCCAAGAGGAGCUAACAUUUCUGCAGCCCUUGGUUAAAGCUUGCAGUGUGCUUGA